GUGCGUAAUAAAACUCUUAUUGAUUUUUCGCUCUUUCUCAACGUGCUGCGGAAGACAACAACAGCAACCGGCUCAGCAUCAGCUGUUGUUGUACCGUAGUCAUCAACAUCGUCGACGCCGAUAGCGACGUCGACUGAGACGUUAAGUGGCAGCUCAUAUUUUGCCAAUAAGAAUUGUGCGCAGUACUCGACCGCAGCCAAUAGAAAAACCAACGUAGUUGCAGGCAGAAGUGAGAUAUAAACAAAACGACGCAGUGCAAGCCAAACGGAUAAGCGGAUAGAGUGUAUGAGAGAGGAGUCGAUGCAAGUGAUGUUCAAGUUAUUGAAACAAAAAGUUUCCAACCUAAUGGCAAAAACGAAUCGCCUUGUACUAUUGCGCCACGGCGAGAGCGAGUUUAAUCUGAAGAAUCUAUUUUGUGGCUGGCACGAUGCGCCGCUUAGUGCGGGUGGCGUGGAACAGGCGCGCAGCAUCGCUGCAGCCAAUUUGAAAAGCGCCGGCAUGGAAUUCGAUAAGGUUUACUGCUCGAAGCUGAGUCGCUCCAAGCGUACCGCCGAUUUGAUAUUGAGCGAAUUGGAAUGCUCCUUUUUGCCAAUUGUAUCAGAUUGGCGGCUCAAUGAGCGGCACUAUGGCAAUUUGACGGGCGUUAACAAACGGGAACUGGCCAAUAAGUAUGGCGAGGCGCAGGUACAGCAUUGGCGACGCAACUACGACGGCCUGCCGCCUCCAAUCGAGACCUCCAAUCUCUACUUUUACGAGAUCUGCAAUAAUGCCGACUUUCAAAAUGUGCCAAUGGAUGAAUUUCCUCUCACCGAAUCUAUGCGCAUGUGUGUGGAUCGCGUCAGUCCCGUCUGGGAGGAGAUCAAAAAAGAUGUGCUCGAAGGCACACGCGUCUUGGUCGUCGUUCAUGGAACUGUGGCGCGAGCCCUGAUUAAGCACGUUGAAGGUCUGUCUGAAGAGCAAAUCGAAAAGGUCAACAUUCCCAAUAGUGUGCCAAUUGUCUACGAGUUCAAUAUGGGCACGGGUCAGCUUAUUGGUGAGAGCAAAUACUUGGGCGAUGUCAAGUAUAUUGAAGAAAUGAAGCAAAAAGUGGCAGCUAUUGGCGAUUGAAAACUAUUAUACAUAUUUUUUAAAUAAAACUAAGUUUUUAGCAC